UUGGGUCUUCUUGCUUGGAGUCUUGGAUGCGAAGAACUAAUAAGACUACAGCAGCUGACUCUAAGAGAUCAAUUCUCAAUAUAGAUCUAUAUAAAGACAAGAAAAGACAGUCUGAAGUCCACUAUUUGAAAAAGCGCAGAGAAAAAGUAUCAUGUCGCACCAUACUACAGCUACUUUAGCCAAAAAUUUUAUAAAGUUAGCUCAACAGUGCCACACAGGCAUCUCAAGGAAACUGCUUUCUCCUGUCAAGCACAGGAGUGUUGUCAAAGCGGGCUUUCCCUAUGUGGAUUUUAAUGCACGAGCCAUGUUGCAGCCCUGGGGUGUCUUGAAGCUCUUGGAGUUGGCUCGCAUAACCUGCUGGUUCGACAGUCAGGAACCAUAUAUGGACUUUGAUCAAAUGCACAGAUUGAUAUUCAUGGCCUCAGCAUCUCUACAGAUAAAACCUCAGGUAUAUGAUGUAGAGCUGGAGAAACGGCCUAUUACAGUCGACUUGGAGCUAGAUUAUGUUGGCAAAACAUCGCUAAAGCUGGCAAAUAAAGUGUUUUUUCCUGGUCACUCUGAGCCUCUGGUACUCAGCGAGAUGCAGAUUGUGUUGGUUGACAUGGAAACAAAGAAACCGGCUCCGCCCCCUCAGUGGUGGACCGACAAAUUCUCGCGGGAAGUGAACGGUUCUGGGAAACCGCUGAUACUUCCCAGCACUCCAGUGCCAACCGACGGGCAAAUGGCAGAGGUAGAGGUGCUGGUGCUGCCCAGUGACGUAGACCCGUACGUGCACGCCAGCUCAGCUCAGUACAUCAAGUACGUGGUGGAGGCCUACGUACGCUGGCACAUUAAGGAGUACGGCUAUGUGAACAACGGAGAUCCGUUUCGCAAUUUGAAGAGCAUGUGUCAGAGCUUCAAGGGUGAGGCAAGUAUCGGGGAUCUGCUGAAGGUGAAGUUUUGGCCGAGUCCGGAAAAUCAAGAUUUGUUUCACUUUCACUUUCUGAAGGGACAAAAUCUCAUUCAUGAGUGCGUUGCAGAAUUCUAUCCCUUGGAGAAGUAAAUUUUGUGGUACCUGUUUUAAUUUGUUUUCGACUCGCCGAUUUCGCUUGGAUGACUACAUGUCCAUGAAAGUUUAGGUUGAAUUUGGAAAAAAGUGCUGCAGGGUUCAAAUCACUGAAUACCCGACAUUUUUAGCUCUGAUUUUUGCACCAGCCAUUUCUGAUUUCAAGGUGACACCCUUGCCGUUUUCCUCAUUUUUAAUUACCUGUCCACAUUGCUAUAAUGAGCAUUCGGAUGCAAGAAAAUUGAAGGUCAGGCCCGAUGAUUGAAUCAGAAUACAGCGCAGCCACUCUUUAACGACAUCGUUGGGACCA